ACUAAGAAGCAUCUAGGUAUGACAGUUUAAUUAACGUAUAUAUAUAAAAGAAAUACUUAGUAGAACAUUUUUUUGUUUAAAAUAGGUCAAGUUUCUAAAUCUUUGAUCAAUUUUAGAGAUGUGCAUUGUUAUUAGUCCCUUCAUAUUGUCCCAUUUAGGUAUUGCAAUUUUGCAGCCCUGGAAAAAAGUAGCUGAAUUUAGAAAAACCAUAAUUCCACCGUUCUCAACUCCAAACCGAGAAAAAGGAUACUUAUCAUCAAGCGUUUUAAUCCGUGAUAUGGUUAUAUGUGAUUUGACACGGAUUCUACAACUGGAUGAUGUAGCAGACAGGAUUUCAAAGUUAAACCAGAAAGUGUUGACUUGUAAAUUGCAUGUCACGGCUGGUCCGGACUCUGCUACAGGUUUUACGCACUACAACCAGACUGGCUUUUUAAAAGAGGAUGAUUCUCUUCUCUCCGAGCAUUUUAUGAGCCUGUUGUUAGUAUCCGAAAGAGGAGAGGAUAUUUGGCGGAACCCGAAUCCCCAGUCAGAUUCGUUCUGCAGAAUACGCUCUAUGAAUUGGACUAAAGAGACCAACUCGCUUACCAAGUCCAUGUUUGAGCAGUUUUUUGCAGAGGUUGAUUCCUUGAAUCUGGAUCCGGUGGAAGUAAUUUCCGGUGAUUUACGUGUGUGCGUUUAUAUUUCGGCAAUGUAUACAAUGAUAGAUGGGAAAGCGGCCAAUGCAAUUGUAGGGAAUCAGGAUACACAUGUAUGUCCGCUUUGUGUUCCGAAUGCUGAUCCCCAUAUUGGUCCAUCGUUUUUUCAUUCACGUCUCAACGCCGUUGAAUGGUUGAUCAAAAAUGCAGCGAAAAAAUCCGUUCCUGACCACCCGGCAUACACGAAUCCCCUAGUUAAAAAGAAAGCCCGUGAAAUACCUGAUGAACUAGAACGUGAGUAUGGCAUGAACAUCAACCGUCCUAAGAUUGGUGGGUCCGGAAGCUGCAAUAACGGCAAUAUGGCCCAUCGUUUAUUGGCAGAACCCGGAAAAUUUGCAAAAAUCAUCGGCGUACACAAGGACCUGGUGGAAAAUCUGCGGCUCAUCAGUUGCCUGGCGCUUUCUUCUAGAGUAUUGGAUCCUACCAAAGUUAUGGAGUUGUAUAACACUCUUGAAAAGCAGAUUUUCAAUGAAUUCCCAUACCUAAUGAAAUUGCCGCCAUCCAUACAUAAGUACAUGCAUCUAGCAAAUUUCAUUGAAAAAUUGCCUUAUACCAUGAACUUUGUUGACGAGCAGUCCAGUGAACGUUGCCAUAAGGUUUAUAAAUUCAUUCGGCCACAUCUAGCUCGGAAAACGUCUCCGGAAGAAAAUUUGACCGACAUGAUGACCGAAGCUUUGACUAGGUCUGACCCAAAGCUUGCCUGUUUUUUUAACCAGAGCAGACAAUCGAGAAGUACUGAUGCCAGGUUCGAAGAGAGGCUGGACGAAUACACCUUGAAACAAGAUGACAGCGAUGAAAACCAUGGAAAAGCGGAUGACUCCGGUGAACUCAUCGAAGAGAGUGACGAAGAAGAUGAUGACCCCGGUGAACUUAACGAGGAGAGCGAUGAAGAAGACAUUUGA